AUGCACUCCAUGUCAGAACCUCCGGAAAUCAUCACCCCGCAGGACCAGGCGGGGUCCACUGGGUACCAAGAAAGCUGGAGCUUUCUGGACGAUGUGAAGCGACGCUUCGAGGCAACUCAGCCGGAGGUUUAUGCGGCCUUCAUCAAGGCCCUGAGUAACUUCUACACUUCAACACAGAACCCAACCGGAAACUCUGAGGCGGUGCUCUUUGAGACCCACGAGACAGUAAAGGCGUUGCUGCAAGGGCAUGGCGACUUAUUAGAAAGAUUCGAAAGAAGUCUUCCCCAAGAAUAUCUUUACCGAAGGCAUGAAGCAGCGGCAACGAGGCAAAGCUAG